UAAGAUUCAAUCGUUAAAAUAUCUGAGUUCCAUCGGUUUUAUAAAAUCUGUGAUUAACCAUACCUCCAAUUUUCAUUUACGAAAUUAAAUAAUACACUAUGAUUUGUUAUUAAAUACGUGACAAGUUUUAAAGUGAGGUUAAAUAUAAUGUUUUAAUACAAAUAAAUAAAAGUUCGAUACUAUGUCAUUAUACGAUGAUUUUGAUAAACAUCGAACGUCUGAAAAGGUGGCUGGCUGGUCAUCCAGCAUUAAGCUAUUGCAAUCUCAAUUACAAUUGAAAAAAGCUGCUACCACACAGCCAAAACGUGAACAAUAUAGGAAAGCCACUGCAGUAUUAGCACCUGUGAUAGAUUUAAAAUCAAAAGCAAAUCGAAAUGCAGAUAGAGAUGAGGAAGGACCACAUAGUAAUCCACUCUCUUCUGGUACAGUUAGCAGUAUCGGAGUAGGUGGUGAAUUUGAUUGGAAUGUAAUAAAUGAGUAUGAUCCUAUGUGGCCUAAUGAAUACGAUAAAGUUGUUAAAGAAUUACGAGAUUUACGGGAUAGGGAACACGAUCAAGAAACUGAAAUGCGUAAACGAAGACGAGAUAGUUCACGGUUUGAAGAUGCACAGGUUUCCUCUGCAAAUAAUACAAUGAUUCCCCCUGAAAGGGACGAGGAAAGGACUCCAACAUCAAGAGGUAUUGCUGGUGGAGCAGCUAUAGCACCACCACCCUCUCUACAGGAAUCAUCUGAUCUUCCACCUCCAACUCCAAGACAAUCUACUAACAUGGGCUAUGCAACAUCAUCUGUAGCAGCAAAAAUAAUGGCCAAAUAUGGUUUCAAAGAAGGUCAGGGGCUUGGUAAAAAAGAACAAGGAAUGUCUGUUGCUUUACAAGUAGAGAAAACUAGCAAACGAGGUGGUAGAAUUGUAGGAGAAAGAGAACAACUCAUGCCACCACCUCCACCUAUUGCUGUAUCACCACCUCCAUCGCAACUAACUUCUUUAGCACAGCAAACUGAAGAGCCUAGCAUUACAGAAAUAAUGAAAUCUCCAAGCAAGGUUGUACUGUUACGUAAUAUGGUUGGACCUGGAGAAGUAGAUGAAGAUCUUGAACCUGAAGUUAAAGAUGAAUGUAACACAAAAUAUGGUGAUGUUGCACGAGUUAUUAUUCACGAAGUAACAGAAGCUGCUGCAGAGGAAGCUGUUAGAAUCUUUGUGGAAUUCAAAAGAAUAGAAAGUGCUAUUAAGGCUGUUGUUGAUUUGAAUGGACGAUUCUUUGGUGGAAGACAAGUUAAAGCAGGUUUUUAUUCCAGUGAAAAACUAGACAGUUUACAAUUAAUGGACUAAUUUCUUAUUGUACAAUCUUAUUUUAGAAAUG